AUGCCAUGGACAAAUGAGUGCCACAAGCGCUUCAGAUAUGGCCGUACCACAACGGAGGGUGUGACACGCUCAGGCAAGUCAUCCACAAGCCGUAACGAGGAGCCAAAUGGGAUGGUUCGGCGAAUAGUCAUGGAAGACUGUCGUGCAAUAAUCCAAGAAAUUUCUCACGAAGUGGGAAAUAGCACAGAAUCAGUGCAUUCUAUAUUAUCAGAGGAUUUGUGCGUAGCGGAGAAGGAGAAGGGGAAGCAGAAGCAACUCCUCAUGGAAAUCACUCAGGGUAUGCAUUACUGUGCGAGCCACGACCCAGACUUCAUGAAAACCAUCAUCACUGGUGAGGAGAAAUGGGCUUAUGGUCUCUGCUCGAUGCGUUCCGUUAUUUUGAGGGAAGAUGAAAAUCCGACGAGAGUAGCAGCCGGAAACUGA